ACGGUAGAAGGGUUGGUCCUGGUUUGGUCCACCUGCCAGCGGAGUUUAAAGUUUCCGAGGCUCAGAGGAACACAAUGACUUGGAUCAAACAGCCUAAAUGGGAAGAAGGACAUUUUUGCUGCAUCAAGGAAGCCGUUAAACUCCUGCUAAGCUAACUAGCUCUUUUUUAUGCGUCCAUGCACACGACCGAACUCCUCUUUCACUGACCAGAGAUUACUUCUGACAAUCCAGGAUAUCCCGAAAGCUUGGAGACAUAUGGCUGGAAAAUGAAACGACCCAGGACAUCGUUUCUGGCUGCAUCAUUAUUUUGUGUCGCGUAGUACCAGAUGGGCAGUCAGUGAGCGGCGCAGGGAUGUGAACGGACGGUUUUAUAAUGUGAAAAUUUUCCCUUGGUAAAGCUAAAACAGAUUUAAUUUCCCUCUCUUUUCUUUCACUUCUUCCCCCUCUUUAUUCCCCCUCUCUCUGCAAUAUCAGUGAACUCAACUUUGCAGUGAGGUGGCCAAAAAGAGAGAGAAUGAGGCGAUCUUGAUCAUCUUAGUGUCGGAGGAGUCGCAGCGGACGGGGAACUGCAGCUGCGACCCCCCGCGUCCUGUGCAGAUUUCAGGGCUGAUACCGCGUAGGCGGUUAUGGUAAGGACGGUACACCGGCAUCGCGGAGGAUAGAGACCCUGGCGCCCGGAGAGGUCGGCUGAUUUCGCAGCAGCCUUCGAAGCCGUGGCUGGCUCUCAUCUGCUGCGUUUUAUUACUAUUAUCGCCGUUCCGGAAAAGUCAUGGAAGACAGCCCGCUGCCAGACCUCAGAGACAUCGAGCUGAAGCUGGGGCGCAAAGUACCCGAGAGUCUAGUGCGCUCUCUCCGUGGGGAGGAGCCGGUUCCCAGGGAAAGGGACAGGGACCCCUGCGGGGGGAGCGGUGGUGGCGGCGGCGGCGGCUGCAGUAGCAGCAGCAGCUACUGCAGUUUCCCUCCCUCCUUGUCGUCCUCCUCUUCGUCCUCCCCAACCUCUGGCUCCCCACGAGGUAGCCACUCUAGCGCUCUGGAGAGGCUAGAAACCAAGCUUCACCUCCUCAGGCAAGAGAUGGUUAACCUCAGAGCCACAGACGUCAGGCUCAUGCGCCAGUUGCUUGUAAUCAAUGAGAGCAUCGAGUCCAUCAAGUGGAUGAUCGAAGAAAAGGCCACCAUUACCAGCAGAGGCAGCAGCCUCAGUGGCAGCCUGUGCAGUUUGUUGGAGAGUCAGAGCACCUCCUUACGUGGCAGCUACAACAGCUUACACGAUGGCAGUGAUGGGCUGGAUGGUAUUUCUGUGGGAAGUUAUCUGGACACGUUGGCAGAUGAUGUCCCAGGCCAUCAGACCCCUUCAGACUUGGACCAAUUCAGUGACAGCUCCCUAAUAGAGGACUCACAGGCACUACACAAGCGUCCUAAAUUGGAUUCUGAAUACUACUGCUUUGGCUAGUGACACAGUUUUUUGCAUGGGACUGGUGUGCAAUUAACUUGUAUUUAUCCUUCUUCCCCGCUGCUAUAUUUUUGGUGUGAUUUUUAUUUUAAUAAGAUGACCUUUGUAAAAGAAGCGAUUUUGAAACUGCUUAAUGGUAUUUCUGUUGCUCCUAAUACUUCUCAUCUGAACUGAUUUAUUUUUCUCUGUUACAUCUCUAUUUUUUAUUUAUUACAUUGAUUUUCUCCCUUCUUUUACAGUAGCACAAAGUAGGGGGAAAAGAAUAAGCAAUAAUUACGUUUUUGCUUUUGUUUUCAGAGCAAUGGGUCAGGGAUUACAAGAAAAACUUUGCUAAAUUUUACAAUAAACCAAAGUCUGAUAACA